GCCGCGCGAGGAGGCCGAGCCGGCGGGGAGGCCUUGAGCUCGCGGCCCGGCGAGGGCGGCCGCGGCCCCAAGCCCCGCUCCCGGACGCCGCGCGGCCCAGCCGAGUGGCGACUCCCGAGGAGGGGACCCCGGCSCCGGGGUAAAGGAAGAGAGGAGGCCGCGCCAAGGGGAGGCGGCGAGCCCGCGGGCCCGGAGGCCUCGGCCGCGUCACAGCACCCACAUGGCCUCCGGAGUGGGCGCGGCCUUCGAGGAGCUGCCUCACGACGGCACGUGUGACGAGUGCGAGCCCGACGAGGCUCCGGGGGCCGAGGAAGUGUGCCGAGAAUGCGGCUUCUGCUACUGUCGCCGCCACGCCGAGGCGCACAAGGAGAAGUUCCUCAGUCACCACCUGGCAGAGUACAUCCAUGGCGCCCAGGCCUGGACCUCGCGAGCCGGCGGGGAGGGGGCCGGGAAGGAAGAGGUCGGGGCCAAGGUGGAGCAGGACGGGGAGGUAGAAAGCGAGGCGGGGGAAGAGAGCGAGUCGGAGGAGGACAGUGAGUCGGAGGAAGAGAGCGAGACGGAGGAAGAGAGCGAGGACGAGAGCGACGAAGAGAGUGACGAGGACAGUGAGGAAGAAAUGGAGGAUGAGCAAGAGAGCGAGGCGGAGGAAGACAACCAAGAAGGAGAGUCGGAGGCAGAAGGGGAAACCGAGGCAGAAAGCGAAUUCGACCCAGAAAUAGAAAUGGAAGCCGAGAGAGUGGCCAAGAGGAAGUGUCCAGACCAUGGGCUGGAUUUGAGCACCUAUUGCCAGGAAGAUAGGCAGCUCAUCUGUGUCCUGUGUCCAGUCAUUGGGGCUCACCAGGGCCACCAGCUCUCCACUCUAGAUGAAGCCUUCGAAGAAUUGAGAAGCAAAGACUCAGGAGGACUGAAGGCAGCCAUGAUAGAAUUGGUGGAAAGGUUAAAGUUCAAGAGCUCAGAUCCUAAAAGCACAAGGACUGGUGAAUGGCCUUUUCCAACAGAAAACAUGGGAAGAUGGCAAAAGAACAAUAACGCCUAGAGAAUUUAACCCUGGUUAAAUGAAAAACAGAAGCAAGUGCUUCAACAGUUUGACCUGAUGGAUGAAGGACACCAUUUGGGGAAAAUAUUCAGGCUUUCUUAUGUCCAAUCUAGGCUCUGAGGCAUGAAAUUACCCAGAAGCAAAUGUGGCACCUUUUCAUCUUUUAUAGACACCUGGGCAUCAGAAAGAGGAGAAACAGCUCUUUUCUCACCUUUCCCAUUCCUAGUCCUUUAUCAACACAAAACCAAACAAUU